GUUGUCUGUGAAGUAGGGGGAGACCAUGUUGGACCCGUCUUCCAGCGAGGAAGAGUCGGAGGACUUUCUGGAUGAGGAAAGGCGAGAUGUUCUGGUGAUCAAUGCAGGUGGUGGUGGUGGUGGUGGACGAUCUUCGCAGGGGGCUCCGCGGGACCCCAGAGAUCCCAUUGCCCGAUCUAAUGUUGGGAGACCGGCCAGCCCCAGCCCCUCCGUGAGCAGCGAGGGCAGAGAGGAGUAUGAGCGGCUGCAGAGGGAGGAGAAGGACAGGAGGAACAGGCUGCAGCUCUAUGUCUACAUUAUGAGGUGCAUCGCCUACCCAUUCAAUGCCAAGCAGCCCACCGACAUGACCAGGAGGCAGCAAAAGCUUAACAAACAGCAGUUGCAAAACGUCAGAGAACGAUUUCAAGCCUUUCUCAAUGGGGAAACACAAAUUGUAGCUGAUGAAGCCUUUUGCAAUGCGGUUAGAAGUUACUUUGAGGUGUUUCUAAAAAGUGACAGAGUCGCCAGGAUGGUAACCAGUGGAGGCUGUUCGUCAAAUGACUUUAGGGAGGUUUUUAAAAAGAAUAUCGAGAAGAGAGUGAGAAGUUUGCCAGAAAUCGAUGGAUUAAGUAAGGAAACGGUUUUAAGCUCUUGGAUUGCUAAAUACGAUGCUAUAUUCAGAGGAGAGGAGGACAUUCGUAAACAGCCAAACAGAAUGGCACUGAAUGCCGUGUCCGAACUAAUACUUAGCAAAGAACAGCUUUAUGAAAUGUUUCAACAGAUCCUGGGCAUUAAGAAACUCGAACAUCAGUUGUUAUACAAUGCUUGUCAGCUGGAUAAUGCUGAUGAGCAAGCAGCCCAAAUCAGACGAGAACUUGAUGGACGACUGCAAGUGGCGGAACAAAUGGCAAAGGGACGAAAAUAUCCAAAGUUCAUAAACAAGGACAUGGAGAGUAUGUUCAUUGAAGAACUCCGGUCGUCGGUCAAUUUAUUAAUGGCCAAUCUAGAAAGUCUUCCGGUAUCCAAAGGUGGACCCGAGUUUAAGUUACAAAAGUUGAAGAGGUGCCAGAAUAAUGCAUUCCUGGACAUUGGGGAUGAGAGCGAGGUUCAGCUGUCUAAAUCAGAUGUGGUCCUUUCAUUCACAUUAGAGAUUGUCAUUAUGGAAGUGCAAGGAUUGAAGUCUGUGGCUCCAAAUCGAAUUGUUUAUUGUACGAUGGAGGUAGAAGGAGGGGAGAAACUUCAGACUGACCAAGCAGAAGCCUCCAGACCUCAAUGGGGGACACAAGGAGAUUUUACUACAACCCAUCCUCGCCCCAUUGUAAAAGUAAAGCUGUUUACAGAAAGCACUGGUGUUCUGGCCCUUGAGGAUAAAGAACUUGGAAAAGUGAUUUUAACACCAACACCCAACAGCUCGAAGUUGCCAGAACUCCACAAAAUGGUAGUUCCCAAAAACAGCCAAGAUACAGAUCUGAAAAUAAAGUUGGCUGUGAGGAUGGAUAAACCUCCACACAUGAAGCAUAGUGGGUAUUUGUAUGCUCUGGGACAGAAAGUUUGGAAACGAUGGAAGAAACGGUACUUUGUCCUUGUUCAGGUUAGUCAAUACACAUUUGCAAUGUGUAGCUACAGGGAAAAGAAAGCUGAGCCUCAGGAAUUGAUGCAGCUUGAAGGCUAUACUGUGGACUACACCGACCCUCAACAAGGUCUCCAGGGUGGUCGGCUGUUCUUUAAUGCAGUCAAAGAAGGAGAUACUGUUACUUUUGCCAGUGAUGAUGAACAGGAUAGAAUAUUGUGGGUGCAAGCAAUGUACAGAGCGACUGGACAGUCCUAUAAACCCAUGGUUUCCAACCAGGCACCAAGGUUUAACCCAAAAGGACAUAACUUUCAAGUGGAAUCAGCACAGCCUCACCCAGACCGUACACAGAGACAUGGCAUGGACGAGUUUAUUUCUGCAAAUCCCUGCAGAUUCGACCAUUCUUCUCUAUUUAAAGUUCUUCAGAUGCAGACAUUGGAUCACAGAUUAAAUGAUUCCUAUUCUUGUCUGGGUUGGUUCAGUCCUGGGCAGGUGUUUGUGUUGGAUGAAUACUGUGCUCGAUACGGCGUACGUGGCUGCCAUCGACAUCUCUGCUACUUGAAGGAAUUGAUUCAGCAUGCUGAAUCCGGUGCUGUGAUCGACCCGACACUACUACAUUACAGCUUUGCAUUCUGCGCCUCACACGUCCAUGGAAACAGGCCUGAUGGAAUUGGAACUGUUACAGCUGACGAAAAGGAACAAUUUGAAGAAAUUAAAGACAGACUUUUAUCGCUUUUAGAGAAUCAAAUAAGUCAUUUUAGGUACUGUUUUCCAUUUGGAAGACCUGAAGGAGCUUUGAAAGCGACACUCUCCUUGCUUGAAAGAGUGCUGAUGAAAGAUAUUGCGACACCUAUUCCUCCUGAGGAAGUAAAAAAAGUAAUUAGAAGGUGCCUUGAAAAAGCUGCUCUAAUUAAUUACACCCGACUUACAGAAUAUGCCAAAAUAGAAGAAAUUAUGAAUCAAGAAACUGCUUCCAGAAAACUUGAAGAGGUAAUCCACUUAGCCGAGCUGUGCAUUGAGGUUCUUCAACAAAAUGAGGAGCAUCACUCUGAAGCGUUUUCGUCAUGGCCAGAUCUAAUAGCAGAACAUGCAGAGAUAUUCUGGGCUCUGUUCUCAGUGGACAUGAAUGCCGCAUUAGAAGUGCAACCACAUGAUUCCUGGGACAGUUUCCCAUUAUUCCAACUUCUAAAUAACUUUUUGCGAAAUGACUCGCUAUUAUGUAAUGGGAAAUUUCACAAGCAUCUUCAGGAGUUGUUUGUUCCACUUGUUAUCCGUUAUAUUGAUCUUAUGGAGUCCUCUAUUGCACAGUCUAUUCACAAAGGAUUUGAGCACGAGACGUGGCAGCCAGUCAAAAGCAUUACCAACAGCCUCCCUAAUGUACCUCUUCCAAAGGUUCCGAGCUUGGCUCUCAACCUCCCACAGAUACCUAGUUUUACAGCACCGUCCUGGAUGAUGUCUUUAUAUGAGUCCACUAAUGGGUCGUCAACUUCAGAAGACUUGUUUUGGAAACUGGAUGCAUUGCAAGAUUUUAUACAUGACCUCCAUUGGCCAGAAACAGAAUUCGCAAGUCACUUAGAGCAGAGGCUUAAACUUAUGGCCAGUGAUAUGAUUGAAGCAUGUGUUAGAAGGACACGGACAGCAUUUGAACUUAAGUUGCAGAGGACGAGUAAAACCAUUGACUUCCGAAUUCCUUCUUCUGUUUGUACGAUGUUUAAUGUGUUGGUGGAUGCCAAGAAGCAAUGCUGCAAGCUCUGUGCCCUGGAUGGAGGACAAGAGUUUUCUAAACAGUGGCAACAGUACCACUCGAAAAUAGAUGACUUAAUUGAAGAAACUGUUACAGAAAUCAUAUCACUCCUGGUUUCCAAGUUUAUUUCAGUGCUGGAAGGUGUAUUGUCUAAGCUGGCACGAUAUGACGAAGGGACGUUAUUCUCUUCUAUACUGACAUUCACUGUGAAAGCUGCCUCGAAGUACGUGGAAGUACCAAAACCAGGACUGGACCUUGCUGAUACAUACAUCUCAUUUGUUCGACAAAAUCAAGAUAUUUUAAGAGAAAAGGUUAAUGAAGAAAUGUACAUAGAAAAGCUCUUUGAUCAAUGGUACAGCAUAUCAGUGAAAGUCAUGUGCGUGUGGUUGGCCGACAGAAUAGACAUUCAGCUGCAUGUUUACCAGCUAAAAACCAUCAUCAAGAUCCUGAAGAAAACCUACAGGGACUUCAGGCUCCAAGGUGUGCUCGAUACAACACUGAAUAAUAAAAACUAUCAGACUUUGCGAAGUCGACUCACAAUGGAAGAAGCCACAGUGCCCGAGUCUGAUAGAGGAGGACUUCAAGGGAUUUCAAUGAAGGACAGUGAUGAUGAGGAUGACUGACACUCAAUACCUGUUGCCCAUAAAAUGUUUGUAUCACAAUUAGUUUAAUGCAUUUUGUUUCCUGUAAACAAGGUACAUAUAGCAUUUAAACCUACCAUUCAUAUCCACAAAUAGGAAAAUGUAACAUUGGAAUACCACUGCCACUAAACUCUCAUUUUGUUACCCAUUAUAUACAAAUCUUUAUCAAUACAGGAACUAUUUUGUCUGAUAUUAUCGAUGUAUUCAUAGAUUGAAAUGACACUUUCAAUUAAUUGUGUUCCUCGUUGUUCCAAUUCAUAAAAGUGACAAUUUCAGGAGAAACUGGCACUUUUCUGUAUAGAUUUAGAACAAUUUGGGAGCACCCCCACGUUGACACUCGCAUUAUCGUUCAAACAGAAAUCAAGAUCUUUCAAAGGGAAGCAUAAGCCAUUCUGUUAGGCAAUCCCAACAUUUAAUUGGUGCAUUCAUGGCAAUUGCCACCAUUGUGCCAAUUUUCUUCCAGACAGAAGGGGGAAUUGCCAGUCCAGAUAGUCUACGCAGGGUGGAGAAGAGCAGCGGUAAGAGGGUCCGACACUUAAUGAAAGUGGAGUAAUAUUUCUUUUUAGCUUGGGGAGAGUGUCUGGCUCUUAUAGGGUACAAGGAACAAUUUCAAUGUUAAAACAUAGUAUCAGUUUGUACAUUGGAGUGUUCUUUGAACCAAUGGCACAGCAAGCAUGUCAGGUUAUAAAGAAAUACUGAACCCAGUACUUUAGGAGGUAAAAACAAAUACUUCUCUGAAUUUAAUUUUAACUGACUACGAAAAGUUUCUGCUGCCACACUGCCUUUGCAAUAUGUUUAUGAAACCGCAUAAAGCAGGAUGUAUUUUUUCAAAAGUACCUCAUUUUUGUCUCUUUUCAAAUCAUCAUCAUAAUGUACAGAGUAUAGUGUUUUUAUUAUGAUCGAUUAAAGUUGCGCCACGGCAGACUAGUGAUUUAUACAACAAUAUGCCUAUUUAUUGUCCUCUGAUCGCAGGAGGCUUGGCUACAAAGAGUUCUAACAUAUUGUCUUUAGUUGACGUUCAAUAAAAUUUGAUAAUGUUUUCAA